GAACUUUUUCAUUUUAGUUGCAGUAUCCACAAACACCAUAUUACCCAAUCAAAACCCACCACCUUCAAUACCCUCCCUUCUCUUUCUUUUCUCUCUUUCUCUCUCUAAACUCUGUCUCUGUCUCUGCUCCAAGAUCUCCUUCUCUCUCUUCCCUCUUUUCUCUUUUCUUCUUCUGCAUAGAUGUGCUCAAUUUAGAUUCAUUUCUUGAACCUUGCUACCUUUGCUUUUACUAGUUUUUUUUCCCUUUUUUCUUUUUUUUUUUUUUACUUUCUUCUCCUCUGCCUUCCCCUUUAAUUUGCUGCUCAAACCUCAAGGAAAAAGAAACUAAAGAAACAAAGAACAGAUCUUUCUUUUUCAGCUCUUCUUACAACCCUUUUCAUUUCUCUUCUUCUGAACUUUCCUGAUUUGGAUAUGACAGUCUGAACCUAAACCACUUCUGGGAUUUCUCUCUUUGUUAAGUAUUUAUUUUACAGUGUUCAAGUUUCUGUCUUGCAAUUCACAAAUUUCAAAUUUCUCCUUUUUGAUUACUAUUUUUAGGGUAAUUAUUAAACUUUGCUGUUUGUACAAUUGAUCCCACUUAGUAAUUUUUGUUGAUUUUUUUCUUUUUAAAAUUAAAAUUCCCUGCUUGGGAUAUUUUUGAUAGAUUUUCUUUGAUAUUACUAUAGGCGGGUCUUUUUCUAGAUUCCUCAAUAAGAGAAGAGGGGAGGUAGGCCUAUGCAAGAGUAAAAAAAAAAAAAAAAAAGGAGGUGGGAGUAUUCUGAUUCCUUUGAAAUGCUCCUCCUCUUUCUUUAAUUCUCUAAUUUUGGCUUUGUGAAAUCUCCACCUCUGCAUUUGCUUUCGGGUUCUCUUUUUUUCUUUGUUUCUCCACCUCAUUUUUACCCUUUUCCUAUCAACAAAAACCAUUUCCCUACUCAAAUAUGAAGUCAAACCUAUCUCUUUGAUAACCCCCCCCCCCCCCCCCCCCCCCCCCACCAAAAAAUAAAAAAAAAAACCAAAAAAAAAAAAUCUACUUUCAUCAAUCUAAAUUUCUAAAAUCAAAGAAUUUGAAGUUGGGUUUGUGAAAUUAUUGUUUAAUGAAGUGGGAGAUGGAAGUUUUAUCAUCAUACCUAUCAAGUGCAAGUUGGUUGAUUGAUGAAAGUAGGAACACAAAAUGGAGUCAAGCUGAAAACAAGAUAUUUGAAAAUGCUCUUGCAGUUUAUGAUAAAGACACUCCAGAUCGAUGGCAAAAAGUAGCAGCUAUGCUCCCUGGGAAAACAGUUGGUGAUGUUAUCAAACAAUACAAGGAAUUAGAAGAUGAUGUUAGUAAUAUUGAAGCUGGUUUAGUACCCAUUCCUGGUUAUGAUUCUACCUCUGCUUUUACCUUAGAAUGGAUUAAUAAUAAUGCGGGUUAUGAUGCUUACAAGCACACUUAUAGCCCUGGUGGUAAGAGGGGGCCGCCUGGUGUUCGGCCCCCCGAUCAAGAGAGGAAGAAGGGGGUUCCUUGGACUGAGGAAGAGCACAAGUUGUUCUUGAUGGGGUUGAAGAAAUAUGGGAAAGGAGAUUGGAGAAACAUUUCAAGGAAUUUUGUGGUAACAAGGACUCCAACCCAAGUGGCUAGUCAUGCACAAAAGUACUUCAUAAGGCAACUUUCAGGAGGGAAAGACAAGAGAAGAGCCAGUAUUCAUGAUAUAACUACAGUCAAUCUAGAAAAUGAAUCAGUUUCACCAGAUCAUACUAACAGCAACAACAAGAGAUCAACUUCACCAGAUCAGUAUUCUACCAUUACAGUGCAAAACCAACAUCAGCCAAAUUCAACACAUUUUCAAUGGGAUCAAUCGAGCAAUGGGGCCGCCAUUACAUUCGAUGCGAUGCAGGGAAACUUGUUGAUGCCAGGUUAUGGUGUUGGGUCAUAUGGGUUGAAAGUGCAGGGACAAAAUUUACAGAGGAAUGAUUUUAUAGAAAAUUAUGUUGGAGCUCAAAAUAUGGGUUUCCAGAUUCAAGCAACACAGAAUUAUCCUCAUGGAUGACAUUUGAGUUUAAUUAUUAGUGUUUUUUUUAACAAGGAUGUUGUCUUAAUCUUAGUAGUUUGUACUAUUUGCAUCUUUGUUUUUUGGGGUUCCUUAAGUUUAUGUUUUCUAGAAGAUAGCUGUGUUUUUGUCUCUCUGCAUGGUAUUGCCUAAUGUGAAUAUUAUUAAUCUUUCA